AUGUUGACGCCAUUGAACAUAGUUUUCAGUAAGAAAUUGAACGGUUUUCGAGUAACUGCUUUUGAGGUUGGAUGUAGUGGACGACAGCGGUCUCUACCUUUUGCCUUUUUUGACUUCUACGGUUCUGCCCAUUUGACCCGGGUCUCGGGUCUCGGGUUUUGGGUUUUGGGCCCAUCAAGCUGUGCAGUUCAAGGCCCAGGACGUGGUCAAGGCCUAUCCGGGUCGCCCGACAAUCAAAUCGGUGAUAUUCUGUACGGGUGGUGUGGCACAGUAGAUUACUUCCUUGGCAAAAAUACCGAGGCGGCUAUGCAGAAUCUUCACCGUGUUAUAUCCCGUCUUUCCUCAACUUCACUUGGCACAAGCACGAGCGCUGCAAAGUUUCUGAGAGAGAAAAGUAAACCCACUUUGGGAAACAAUGAUGGGCUUGCAUUGAAGAAUGGUAUCGAAGCUUCUCAAUUUAUCACCUCCCGUUUUUUUUCUUUCAAAUCUGGAGGUGAUGGUGAAAAUAAUGGCAAAGAUGAGUGGGACAAACCCCAGGGUGGAACAUUUAGCAAUAAUGCAUCCGGUGAUUUGGGUUGGGAUUCUUUAUCCGCAUGGUCGACUGGAUUGACCAAGGAGCAUUUUGAUGGAGAGGUGGUUGGCAGACAGAAAAGUGGAGACGACACAUCUCAAUCUUCAGUCAUCUCUGGUCUGCAAGAGAUUGAGGAUAGAAUAAAGGAACUGGAGGCAGAGAACCGGAAAAGUAAGCGGUUUGUGGAUGGAUGGGGAGAGAGAUUAAAAGAGGUAAGUGCACUUUUGAAGCAAGUGCGUGAGCCGGGUGCAAGGGGGUCUUAUCUCAAGGACUCAGAGAAGGCCGAGAUGUAUCGGUUGCACAAGGAAAAUCCUGAGGUUUACACUGUUGAGCGGCUGGCCAAGGAUUAUAGAAUUAUGAGGCAGAGAGUGCAUGCCAUUCUUUGGCUCAAGGAGCUGGAGGAAGAAGAGGAAAAAAAGCUUGGUCGUCCUUUAGAUAAUUCUGUUGAGCUCCUGCUUGACACCUGUCCUGAAUUUUUCAAUUCUCAUGACCGUGAAUUCCAUGUCGCUUCCCUUCCUUACAAACCUGACUUCAAGGUUAUGCCAGAGGGUUGGGAUGGUAGCACCAGAGAUCUGGACGAAGUCCACUAUGAGAUCUCCAUGAAAGAAGAUGAAAUGCUUUAUCAAGAAUUUGUCCAGAGGAUGAACUUCAACAAAAAGAAAAUGAAAGGGGAGGUUUUCUGCCACAAGCAUAGUCGUCGUCGUACUUCGGAUGGGUGGAAUUUUACAGUGGAGAAACUGGGACCCAGAGGAAAGCGUGGAGGUGGUGGUGGCUGGAAAUUUGUAAGCCAGCCAGAUGGUUCCAGCCGACCACUGAAUGAAAUGGAGAAAAUGUACGUGAAGCGAGAAACACCCCGCCGCAGACGCAAGAUCCUUCCCUGA